CUGGCUGCCCUUUCCGCUGAAGCUGACUAUCAUUUCUACUUCUGUUACGAUGGCGGCUACUACCUUCUCUCCUUCCUUCUCCACUCCCUCGCUCAAUUCUUCCUCCAGAGCCCACAAAACUUUAACCAACCCUAAUCUAGGCUUUUUGGCCUCAGUUUCGAGAUCCUUGAGGUCUCUCAAAGCAACCAGGCUGACUACUGAUAAUGCUUGUGGCUCAGCUAUGGCCUCUCGUAUGGUCUCCGUUCCUGCCGUCCAGACACACAUAUCUCUCGAUUUUGAGACCUUUGUCUUCAAGAAGGAGAAAGUCUCCCUCGCUGGUCAGGACGAGUACAUUGUGAGAGGAGGAAGAGAUUUGUUUAAGUUGCUGCCUGACGCUUUCAAAGGGAUUAAGCAGAUUGGUGUUAUUGGUUGGGGUUCGCAGGGACCCGCUCAAGCUCAAAAUUUAAGGGAUUCUCUUGCUGAUGCAAAAUCUGAUAUCAUUGUCAAGGUUGGACUCAGGAAGGGUUCUCGUUCUUUUGACGAAGCUCGUGCUGCUGGGUUCUCUGAAGAGAAUGGCACUUUGGGUGAUAUAUGGGAAACUAUUUCUGGAAGUGAUCUUGUGUUACUGUUAAUUUCUGAUGCUGCACAGGCAGACAAUUAUGAGAAGAUAUUCUCCUACAUGAAACCAAAUAGCAUCCUGGGGCUUUCACAUGGCUUUCUUCUUGGACACUUGCAGUCAAAGGGACUUGAUUUUCCAAAGAACAUUAGUGUAAUUGCUGUGUGCCCCAAAGGAAUGGGUCCAUCUGUAAGGAGACUCUAUGUCCAAGGCAGGGAGAUCAAUGGUGCUGGAAUCAAUUCUAGUUUUGGAGUCCAUCAGGAUGUUGAUGGUAGAGCUACUGAUGUUGCCUUGGGGUGGUCGGUCGCCCUUGGAUCACCUUUCACCUUUGCUACUACUUUAGAGCAGGAAUACAAGAGUGACAUCUUUGGGGAGCGGGGCAUUCUUCUUGGUGCUGUUCAUGGAAUUGUGGAGUCUUUGUUUAGAAGAUACACUGAAAAUGGAAUGAGUGAGGAUCUUGCUUACAAAAACACUGUUGAAUGCAUUACAGGAAUUAUAUCAAAGACCAUCUCAACACAGGGCAUGUUGGCUGUAUACAACUCCUUGUCCGAAGAGGGAAAAAGGGAAUUUGAGACUGCCUAUAGCGCAUCUUAUUACCCGUGCAUGGAUAUACUGUAUGAGUGCUAUGAAGAUGUAGCCAGCGGAAGUGAAAUCCGCAGUGUUGUAUUGGCUGGGCAACGGUUUUAUGAGAAGGAUGGUCUCCCUGCUUUUCCAAUGGGAAAAAUUGAUCAGACACGCAUGUGGAAAGUUGGUGAGCGAGUCCGAAAGGCACGCCCAUCUGGUGAUUUAGGGCCAUUGUAUCCUUUUACUGCCGGUGUCUAUGUGGCCUUGAUGAUGGCUCAGAUCGAGAUAUUGAGGAAGAAAGGACACUCGUACUCUGAGAUCAUCAACGAGAGUGUGAUUGAGGCAGUGGAUUCCUUAAAUCCAUUUAUGCAUGCUCGUGGAGUUUCCUUCAUGGUUGAUAACUGCUCUACCACAGCACGAUUGGGAUCCAGGAAAUGGGCCCCACGGUUUGAUUACAUCCUAACCCAACAGGCUUUGGUGGCUGUCGACAAGGGCACUCCCAUCAACCAAGAUCUUCUCAGCAACUUCUUGUCAGACCCAGUGCAUGGUGCCAUCGAAGUCUGUGCUCAAUUGAGGCCGACGGUUGACAUUUCAGUGACCCCCGAUGCUGAUUUUGUGCGACCGGAGUUGCGUCAAUCUGGCAAUUGAGUCGGUAGAAUCUCAGAACUGGAAUGAGCAACUAUAUUUAUAGUGUGUUUGAGCCAGAACUUGCUCGUCAUGUAUGUAGUGAUGUAGUUUUUGCAAUGUCUUGGGGCUGGCUGUCUUUUUAUGUUUCAUUUUUAAAUGUUUUAUAUAAUUGUAGGACCAAAACCAUCAGCUGUUUUGAGAUAAUGAGACUUAAUAAUGCAUAUCUAGCUUGUUUUUGGGUA